AUGGCGCGCCUCAGCCUCGCCGUCGCCGCCGUCGUGGUGGCCGUCCUCGCGCUAGCGUCCGGCGCGGCGUCGCAGGCGCCGGGGCCGUCGCCACCGGUCGACUGCUCGUCGGCGGUGACCGGGCUCAUCGGCUGCGUUUCGUACGUUCAGCAGGGGAGCACGCAGGGCAAGCCCACCAGUGGGUGCUGCGACGGCGUCAAGGCCGCCCUCAAGAGCCCCGCCACCGUCGCCUGCCUCUGCGCCGCCUUCGGCCAGAACUACGGCAUUCAGGUCAACCUCACCCGCGCCGCCGGGCUGCCCGCGGCGUGCGGCGAAGACCCCGCCGCCUUUAGCAAGUGCAACAUCAAAGUGCCCGGUGCCCCUGCUUCAGGUUCUGAAAUUAUGGGAACGUCUGUGUCCCUUCGUUAUCUCACUCGGCUAUGCCGUUUCCAUGUUUGCAGCGCCUACAGCUUCUGGAACGGCUCCGGCAGGCCCAAGCCCAGGCUCAUCGAAGUCAGCGGCGGUGAUGCCACCGGUCUCAGCGUUCGCCGUCCUCGCUGCCGUGGCCGGGACUCUGCUCUCGCACUGCCUCCUCUGAAGAUGCCGGGUGCUUCGGUGAUUGGUUUUUAG